AUGGCCGCCAACAUCAAGACCGUUCCUACCGCCGAGUUCGAUGCCGUCAUCCAGACAGCUAACAAAUACACUGAGGGUCUGCGCUCAGGUAGUUCUGAUGCCGUCGCCCAGGCAUUCCACAAAGACGCCGUUAUGUACGGUUUUAUCAACCCUCCUAAGCCCGAUAUGCUAGCUGGACCCAUUGGCAACCUCUACACCUUUGUUCGUGACAAUGGAAGCGCCCCCAACAUCAAGACUCGCAAUGAUGUACUUGCAAUCACUCAAACCACCGCCGUCGUCCGCAUUGACAUGGAAAGUGACGCCUCGGGUGCCGACUACACCGACUUCCUCACUCUCAUUAAGAUCGAUGGUCAAUGGCAGGUUAUCGCAAAGGUCUUCCACAAGUACGCAUGA